CAUACCAUUCUAUAUAUCAGACAAACCGAUUAAUUUUGAAAACCGAACCCGCCCAAUCGAGCUAAACCGAAAUAGAUGAAGCCGAACAACUGUGUCGUCUUCUAGCUCCUCCUCCUACACACCGAAGUUGCAUCGUCGUCUUCCCCUUAUCUUUCUCGCAUUUCUCUUCGAUGGAAUUGAUACAGAAUCCUAUUCAAGGGAUUAAUUCCGCAUACGCCAUUGAAAAUAUAAAACUCUGCUUUUCUCGGCAACAUAUACCCUCCACGGUUUGUUCUCGGCGUGUAGCCUCUGUUUCAACAACGCCCACAACAUGUUCGACAAAAAUCCCCAAUGACGGUACUGGGAAAAUGGGAUCCGGUCUGAUCUCAACAAGACACCGAGUAGAUCCUAAGAAAGAGUUGUCUCGGAUUCUGAGAGCAGAGUCAGCUGUCAAAGGCAUCGAGAGGAAAGCCAAUUCUGAAAAGUACUUAACUUUAUGGCCAAAAGCUGUUCUUGAAGCACUUGAUGAAGCUAUCAAAGAGAAUCGAUGGCAGUCUGCAUUGAAGAUUUUCAAUCUUCUUAGGAAGCAGCAUUGGUAUGAACCAAGAUGCAAAACAUACACAAAGCUGUUUAAAGUGCUUGGGAAUUGCAAGCAGCCUGAUCAAGCUAGCUUGCUUUUUGAAGUAAUGUUGUCUGAAGGAUUAAAACCCACCAUUGAUGUGUAUACAUCUCUUAUAGCUGUUUAUGGCAAAAGUGGACUUCUAGACAAGGCGUUUUCCACGCUUGAAUAUAUGAAAUCGGCUAGUGACUGUAAGCCAGAUGUGUUCACCUUUACUGUUCUCAUCAGUUGUUGCUGCAAACUUGGUCGGUUUGAUCUGGUUAAAAGUAUCGUUCUUGAGAUGUCGUAUCUUGGAGUUGGAUGCAGCACGGUUACUUACAAUACUAUUAUUGAUGGGUAUGGAAAGGCUGGUAUGUUUGAGGAAAUGGAAAAUGUUCUGGCUGAUAUGAUCGAGGAUGGAGAUUCUCUUCCGGAUGUUUUCACACUUAACUCGAUCAUUGGGUCAUAUGGGAAUGGUGGUGACACGAAGAAGAUGGAGAGCUGGUAUAAUCGGUUCCAGCUCAUGGGAGUGCAGCCAGACAUCACUACGUUUAACAUACUGAUCCUGUCAUUUGGAAAAGCUGGAAUGUAUAAGAAGAUGUGCUCGGUUAUGGAAUUCAUGGAGAAAAGGUUCUUCUCCCUGACCACUGUCACUUACAAUAUAGUGAUCGAGACGUUUGGAAAAGCUGGAAGAAUCGAGAAAAUGGAUGAUAUAUUCAGGAAAAUGAAGUAUCAAGGAGUGAAACCAAACUCGAUCACUUAUUGUUCGCUUGUUAACGCGUAUAGCAAAGUUGGUCUUCUCGUGAAGAUAGAUUCGAUUUUGAGGCAAAUUGUGAAUUCAGAUGUGAUACUGGAUACUCCAUUCUUCAAUUGUAUAAUCAAUUCAUACGGUCAGGCUGGUGAUUUGGCUACAAUGAAAGAAUUAUACAUACAAAUGGAAGAGAGAAAAUGUAAGCCUGAUAAAGUCACUUUUGCUACUAUGAUCAAAACCUACACUGCUCAUGGAAUAUUCGAUGCAGUCCAUGAACUCGAGAAACAAAUGAUUUCCACUGAUAUAGGCAAGAAGAGGCUUAUGGAGUGAGGCUUUGGGUUGUGAAUUGAGCAAUCUAAUGCAGAAGAAUUUUGGAAGUUGGGAAAUGUUCACACUAAGUGGAUCACUUGAGGUGAUUGGGGGGAUACCAAGGUUCCAAGAGCGGCAUGGUCAUUACUGAUGAGAAUUUGGCCAGUUCCGAAAUCUACCAAAUCAAAACGUAAUGAUUCGGGUAACUGUAAGUAUUAGAAGCCAUCAUUUGUAGCUGUGUCACUAAAUGAACAAAACAAAGAAAUCAACAGAUACAUCUACGACUGAUAUCAUGUCAAAUAAAGUUAUAUACCAAAUUCUCAAAAAUAUUC